AUGAUCGAAGUAUCAAACCAGAUAUUCACGCCAAAGUCAGACGCACCAUCAAUGAACCCAGUAAAGGUAAGGAAGGACGUGGAUGAAAAUGGAUUUAUAGAAAGGGUUAAUGCAACGGAUACAAUGUACGUGUAUGGCGAGGAGAAUAUUGUGCUUUACAGUGAAGAAAAACUAGAUCAAGAAGGGGGAAAGAAGACCAUUCGUAUCCCACCCCAGAAACUCCACGUAGGAGAUAUCGUCGAUGUAGCAUUCAAUAUGGUUGCAGUGGGCAAGCCAAAUGAACAGAAGGCUAUACUUUUGCUUCGGAACAUCACACUAUUGGAUGCCACGCAUACGCAAACUCACGGAAUGCAGAAAUGGUUGAAACAAAAGGUCAAGAACUAG